GCCUAGAUCUCGUUCAUAGUACUCUUCUGACAUGUCUCACUCAUAACAGAUCGACAGACAUACAAAAAAAAAAAGGAGAAAAAAAAAAGGAAGUAGUCCUCUUUUAUUUUUUUUUAUUUUAUUUUAUCUGUUGAUUAGGGCCGGGAGGAAGGUAUUGUUGGGUUGGUUCCCUACCUGCGCUUUCCCUCCCCACCCACCCUUUGCAUGCAUUUCCGAGUUGGUACAGUGCCACGUCAGCAAUGCCACGUCAGCAACAGUGCCACGUCAGCAGUGCCACGUAAGCAACAGUGCCACGUCAGCAGUGCCACAUCAGCAGUGCCACAUCGUUCACAGUGCCACAUCAGCAGUGCCACGUCAGCAGUGUCACGUCAGCAGUGUCACGUCAGCAGUGCCACGACAGCAACAGUGCCACGACAGCAACAGUGCCACGUCGGUCACAGUGCCACGUCAGCAGUGCCACGUCAGCAACAGUGCCACGUCAGCAGUGCCACGACAACAUUGCCACGUAAGCAACAGUGCCGCGUCACAGUGCCACGUCAGCAGUGCCCCGCCACCAUGACGGGCGCAGCUCUGGGCAUGCCAGGCCAACUGGCCAACGAGUCUUUUGCCGACUACAAGCAGCGGUUCCAGGCUCAGCUCGCUCUGAUCGAGGCUGAGGAACAGCGCCAGCUGGCAGCCCAGGCUGCCCGCCUACAGGCUGAAGCAGCGGCAACAGCUGAGAAGCAGCGGCUACAGGCUGAAGCAGACGCAGAUACCCAGGCUCGCCGCAAGGAGGCCCAGGAUCUACUGCAACGGCAUGAAGCCGCCAGCAUCGAAAGACAACCCGAGUUAGAGAGACAGAACCAGGAACUGCAGCAACAGUACCAGGAUCUGAAGACACAGCACCAGGAGUUGGCGAACCUCCGCCGGAUGGUGCACAGCCACGAGGAUGCUACACGGGCACUCAAUUCCCGUGUACUGGACCUGGAGCAAGUUGUACCAGGACCAGAUGCUGGUGAGUCCAGCAGUCCACCCUCUAACCGCCAACUGGAGCAACGCGUCGACCAUGUCGUCGCAAUGCUCGACGACAUCAGCACCUUCGCUGCGCCGACCACCAUCAGCAAUCAGUUGGAGACUUUGAAGACUGAGGUCCAGCAACUGCAGUCGACGAACACGGAUGGCAACAAUCCAAAGCAAUACAAGAUGCCAACCUUUCAACUGGAGAAGUUCGACGACUACACACAUCAGGACCAGGUGCUCCGGUGGAAAGCUUUCACGACGCAACUUCGGAUUCUGCCUGUCGCCAAGCACGCGUACAUCGGCGCCCUGUUCAUAAACUCAAAGGGCGGAUGCCAAAUCUGGUUAACCCACCUGGCAGCCACCCACGGCGUCGACAUCGCAGAUCUGAGAGACAAGAUCACAUGGGGAGAGUUAACACGGCUGUGGAAGAAGCGGUUCAUCGUCGACGAUGCACCAUCACUUGCCAUCAACCGUCUCUUCACCAUGACUCAAGGCAACACAGCAACACGUGACUGGCUCACGGAAUGGCAGAAGAUCGCGACAACGCCCGAUCUUGACUUACCAUUUCCGCAUCUGCGCCGUGAGUUCUACAACAGGCUGCCCGCCUACAGGCUGAAGCAGCGGCAACAGCUGAGAAGCAGCGGCUACAGGCUGAAGCAGACGCAGAUACCCAGGCUCGCCGCAAGGAGGCCCAGGAUCUACUGCAACGGCAUGAAGCCGCCAGCAUCGAAAGACAAGUUCUGGCACUUUGAACCGUCCAACGGCGACGACGCGACACCGGAAGAGCAGCAUAAGGAGGUCCUCUCCAAACUCAUGACACUGUUGUUGUACGCUUGCAACUACCAACAGCCCGAGUUAGAGAGACAGAACCAGGAACUGCAGCAACAGUACCAGGAUCUGAAGACACAGCACCAGGAGUUGGCGAACCUCCGCCGGAUGGUGCACAGCCACGAGGAUGCUACACGGGCACUCAAUUCCCGUGUACUGGACCUGGAGCAAGUUGUACCAGGACCAGAUGCUGGUGAGUCCAGCAGUCCACCCUCUAACCGCCAACUGGAGCAACGCGUCGACCAUGUCGUCGCAAUGCUCGACGACAUCAGCACCUUCGCUGCGCCGACCACCAUCAGCAAUCAGUUGGAGACUUUGAAGACUGAGGUCCAGCAACUGCAGUCGACGAACACGGAUGGCAACAAUCCAAAGCAAUACAAGAUGCCAACCUUUCAACUGGAGAAGUUCGAUGACUACACACAUCAGGACCCGGUGCUCCGGUGGAAAGCUUUCACGACGCAACUUUCGAUUCUGCCUGUCGCCAAGCACACGUACAUCGGCGCCCUGUUCAUGAACUCAAAGGGCGGAUGCCAAAUCUGGUUAACCCACCUGGCAGCCACCCACGGCGUCGACGUCGCAGAUCUGAGAGACAAGAUCACAUGGGAAGAGUUAACACGGCUGUCGAAGAAGCGGUUCAUCAUCGAGAUGCACCAUCACUUGCCAUCAACCGUCUCUUCACCAUGACUCAAGGCAACACGGCAACACGUGACU